AUGGCCGCCAUUCUUUUCUGCUCACUAGCUUCAUUGUUGCUCGCUUUCCUCGGUGGUCCAGCACAUGCAUAUGGCUCCUUGAUUGUGGACGUUGCUCCGGACGCCCCUCGUCCCUACGUGCUUCCCAACCUGAAAGGCGAGGCUGUCGACUUCGGCGGUUUGAUCAUUCGGACUCUUGUUUCCAAUUCCACUUCAGCCGGUGCAUUAUCUGUGCUGGGGGCCAACGCCGGUCCACUUCCUCUCAGUAUAAUCCACUCGCACAAGCAAGUGGAAACAUUUUACACUCUGAAGGGCAGCGUGCAGGUCUUCCACAAUGCCAACCAGGGACGUGAGCUUCGAGCGGACGACUUCGCACUCCUGGCAGCAGGCAGCAAUCAUACCUAUCGGUUUAACGAGCUUGAUUUCCAACUUUCGCUCGUCUUAGCUCCUGGCGGAGUUGAGGGCUUGUUCAAUACCAUUGGCAAUUCUUACAGAUCGUCGGCGCCUUUCAACCCUGAGGAUAAGAUGCAGUUAAACGUUACCAAUGUGUUGGAACUUUUCCCCAGAUACGGCAUCACUCCAGCACUACACAACACCAUUAACCUGGAUUGGACCAACGGAACGACUCAUGACGGCUUGAGCACAUGGCAUGUCACGGACCAAACUUUGCCAGAUGAUGCACACACUCCGUAUUUUGUCUCCAGCAAUCGAGGUCCCAAGUACCUACAGCGAAACAGUGGUCAAGUGGUUCAAAUGCUGGCAUCAGGCAAACAGACCGACAACAAGCUUACCGUGGCGACUGUGGCCAUGAAGCCUGGUACACAGCCUUCACCUGUUCAUUUCGAUGUCCAUCAGGCCUUACAAGUGACUGAGGGUCAGCUCCACCUGGAAAUCAACAAUGAGGCUGUGACCCUGAUUUUCGGAGAUUUGGCAUUUAUUCCGAAGGGCACGUCGUUCAGCUAUUGGUCUACUGUUGGUUUCACCAAAUUUGUUACCUGGUCAGCCGGAGCGGGCCUUGCUGACAGCCUGGUCAAAGGGGCCAAAAAAUGGGAUCAUGCUGUUUGGCCUGCAUAG